GCCGCUUCAAGCUGUCAGGAGCAGGCUAUAAAACAGAGAGGGGCGGCCCAGAGGAGGCAGCUCACACAAGGACUGUGCAGCUGGUCGCGUCCUCCAACCGUCUGCGUGAAACCCGGAUGAUUUCAAACACUGCGUGGAGGUAACAACUUGUACUUUGUUUCACCGGCGCGGGGAACAAGUCAACCUUAAGGUCCUUAAAAGGAAAGGCAGAAGAAGUGUUUUUGCGGAGCUUAUUUGGGGGAUGCUGGCUCCUCGCGCGCUCCGCUCCUUGCUGCUGUGCGCGCUGAGCUGCGCGUGCGGGCUCCGCUCAGGAGCAGCCUCGCGCCUCAAGUCUCAGGCGGCUCUGCCCAUCCAGUCUGAGAGGGAGCCGCUGCCCUCCAAGGGCCUGUCAGGAUGUUCAUUUGGAGGUCGAUUUUAUUCCCUGGAGGACACGUGGCACCCAGAUCUGGGAGAUCCCUUUGGUGUCAUGCACUGUGUUCAGUGUCACUGCGAACCUCAAAAGAGUCGUCGUGGUAAAGUGCUGGGGAAGGUAAACUGUAAGAACAUCAAGCAGGACUGCCCAGAGCUGGACUGUGAUGAUCCCGUCCUGCUGCCAGGACAUUGUUGUAAAACCUGUCCGAAAG